AUGAGCAGCGUCCGCGAUUAUGAGGCCGUCCGUAGGGACAUUGUCGCCCAGCUCAAGAAGCCCGACUAUGACGAUGGAAGUGCCGGUCCGGUGUUCGUACGAUUGGCAUGGCACUCCUCUGGUACUUACGACCUCGAAUCCGACACUGGCGGCUCAAACGGUGCCGGCAUGCGCUAUGAAGCUGAGGGUGGCGACCCGGCCAACGCAGGCUUGCAACACGGUCGCGCAUUCCUGGAGCCGAUCAAGGAGAAGCACCCCUGGAUCACAUAUUCAGACCUGUGGACUCUGGCAGGCGUAGUCGCAAUCAAAGAGAUGGGUGGCCCCGAGAUCCCUUGGCAGGGCGGCCGGACCGAUUUGGUGGAUGACUCCAAGGUGCCCCCUCGAGGCCGAUUGCCAGACGGUGCCCAGGGCGCCGACCACCUGCGAUUCAUCUUCUACCGCAUGGGCUUUAACGACCAAGAGAUUGUUGCAUUGGCUGGCGGACACAACCUCGGUCGGUGUCACGGCGACCGGAGUGGGUUUGAGGGACCUUGGGUGACCAACCCAACUCGUUUCUCGAACUCAUUCUUCAAGCUGUUGCUGCAGCUGGACUGGAAGCCCCGUAAGCUGGCGACGGGCAUGACCCAAUUUGUAUAUGAGGACCCGGAGGCCGAGGAGGACGAGGAGCCUCUUAUGAUGCUGCCGACCGAUAUGGCGCUCAAGACAGACCCAUCGUUCGCGCCUUGGGUGCAGCGAUAUGCGGAGGACAAGGACCUCUUCUUCGACCACUUUGCGAAAGUGUUUGCGAAGUUGAUUGAGCUGGGCAUACAGCGUGAUGCGCAGGGCGUCAUCACCAACACCGACAACCGGCUGGGCGGUUACGUGUCUGCCCCGAAGAAGAGCAGCACACCCACCGGUCCGAGCAAGAAGGGUGAGCCACGGGCACGCCUGUAG